UUUUUAAAAUCCAAUGCUUUGUUAUCCAAUACAACGAUUGAAAUUAACACUGACUAAAAAAGGAAACAAAAAAUCACCAGCUUUUGCACACUUUACAAUGCAACCCAUGCGUGCUGGCUGUUUGGUUUUCGCAUCUAUUGGCCAUGACAGGAGAACGAGCGGGCUCAGGUACGGCGAGGGUUCGCAGGCCAAGGAAGCGUUGUUCAGCAUAAUGCUGGGUGGACUGUCAUUUCAGGCAUAGCGUUGUGUCAUUGAAAGCAGCACAAGCUUGGGAUUCGCGCUCUCCGUACUACGGUAUUGGAUAUCUGUGUAUAGUUACAACAGUUGCGACGCCAUCGGUAGCGAAAGCAUUUUAGCUUUCCCACCGCGGUUUCCUCAAAGGUUCGACAGAGCAAACGAGAUCCGAACCAGCGUAUCUUAUGCCAAUCCGAAGCAGAGCACUCAUGUGGUGUCCGCCGGCGUCACUUAAUUUGCUGAGCAAAAUUGUGGUAGCAGCUACGGCUGAAAGGAUAGGGUCAAACCAGUGAAGCAGUAAGCGUUCAGUUUAACAGCGGCAGAGGGCAGAUCGAAGCGCCAUACUACACCCUACACCGGAAGCGAAAGCAGUGCACCAAUCAAACCGUCACCGUUUCAACGAUGCCGCUGCUCAGGCGGCAGGUGCUUCAAAAGACGUCCACGGCGGAACGGCUUAGAGAUAGCGAAGAAGUGUUGUUCUGUCAGCCAACCGGGGAGAUAUUCAGCAAUUAUGAAGAUUACUUUCAUCGCAUCAUGCUUAUAUCAUCAAUGGUAUGGAGCUGUGCGAUGACCGGGCGUCCAAACCUAACAUAUUCGGAAGCACUUGAAUCGGAAAAGGCCGCCCGGAAGCUGCUGAAAACGUUUCCCGAUGCGGUGAAGGGACCGUUCCUGCUGGUUGCUUCGCACACCCAACGCACCUCAAUUAACGAAAUGCACGAGGACGUAUACGGCUUUGUGAAAGAUCAUCUGUUCAAGGGCGAGAUUGUCGAUGCGAUGGAUUUGACGCGUAAAGCAUUUCGCCGAGCUGUUAUAUCGGACGUGUUAGUGGACAACACUCAAGGUGCUGGUCCGGUUAUGUACCAAGUCACGGCCGACGAUAAUAUGACACCAAGAGUUUGGAAUGUAACGCCCGGCAAUGUGAAACGCGACCGUAGCACCCUGACGCGAGACAAAUGCAAACUCUUUCUAAAGCAACAUGUGGAAGCUGGUCCCGGUGGGCAGCUCCGUAUCAAAGCGGACUCGCUGGUCAAGUUCGUUACCGAGCAAGGGUGGACCGAUGAGCAGGUAUUUUUGGGCCAGGCACCGAACUUCGAACAAUCCAAGCGGUUGAAACAGAAUGCGGAACGUAGCGAGGUUAGUGGCGCUAGUAAGCCGACCAAGAAAAAGGCACCCGUUGAAAAAACAACGAAAAUCACCACCGCGGACGGUGACAAGCAGCAGCAGCAGGAAGAGAAGCCGAAAAAGGCGAAAAAACAAGCGACAAAAAAUGUGGAGAAAAAAGGUCCGGCUAAGGUGAAGCAAAAGAGCAGCACCGGUAAGCAGCAAAGCAUUGCAAAGUACAUCGAAAAAACGAUCGAACCUGAGAUCUUGGAUGCGAAGGCGAAGAAGAUGGCGGAAGAAAUAGCUCUACAGAAGCUAAAACUAGAGCAGGAAGCGUUGGCCAAGAAGCGGCUGGAGGAAGAAAAGGCUCUACUGCUGCAGCAAGCCGCGCUAGCGUUGAAGAGGUACAAUGCCGUACUAGAGGACCAAGAGUUGACCGAUCAGCGACCGAUGCCGCCGGUCCGUUCCGUUCGCCCAUUGAUAACAUCCAAGCAUUUUGGUAACUUUGUCUUCAUACUUGAAUUUUUGAACUCGUUUUCCGAUUUGCUUGCCAUACGGAGCAAAUUUUCGGGCGGCUUAACCAUGCAUCUGCUAGAGCGUGCCCUUAUUUUGCGCGAGGUAAAUGGACCGCUUAGUGACAUCUUUCAGGUGCUGCUGGGUGCAAUAUUCACCCAACAGCUGGAGGAGGAGAACGAGGUGGAAGUUGGCUAUGAGCGUGUGGAGAAUCUCGCCCUCAAGCGGCAAACGGUACCGGAACAGGCACGGGCGCGCGAUACGGUGCUCUGGUGCGAGAAGCACUACUGCACGAAGCUGAGCGAAAUGCCAAUCGAUUCCACGACGGUAUCGGAGCUGCUCCGCUUACACUUUCUAUCGUCCGGUGCGCUGGUAGAGGAGAAGGCCACCAAACAUCGGUAUUAUAACCGUGGCGGGUACAGUAACGCCGACGAUCCGGGCUUACGGCUGGUCCGGGACUAUCCGCACAUUUUGCGCGCGCUUAGCUCACACUCCGUGUACCAGCUAUCGAUCGGUGACAUUAUACAGAUACUCUGCUGCUUAAUUCACCAGCUGCUCACGUACAGCGGGGUCCGCGAGUUGGUCGAGGAACGGGUGGAUCGGGCACGAAGCGCCCGGUACAACUAUCAGAACAACCGUUACGCACAGCGCCGGCUAACGGUAAAGACGGGUUCGCAGAAGAAUCAAGCACGCGACGACAUGAAGCGAGAGCUGACCGCAUUCGAAGGCGAUACCGAGGCGCGGGAAGAACACCGAAAGAAGCUGCUGGAGCGCCUGGAGGAGCAGUGCAACCGGAUCGAUGCGGAAGCCCAGCGCCAGAUGAAGAUACUGCAAACGGAGUCGGGCCGGUUAAAGGAAGACUUUUUCGACUAUCAGAUCUAUCUCGGUUCGGAUCGUUGUUUCCGCAAUUACUGGCUGUUUGAAUCGCUGCCAGGGCUGUUCGUAGAGCACGAUCGCACGUAUGCGGGACGUUGCUUGGAUCAACCGACACCGAACAUUCCCGGUCUGGCGUGGUGUGCUCAGGAGCAGCGCAAAAAGUAUAUCACCAAAGCGAUUAUGCGGUGCGCCGGUACGGACGGUGUCGCUGGACUGCUCGAUGCGAAAGCAAUAGCGGUUGCGGACCCGAACCAGCCGGAUAACGGUGGGCGCGAUCCGGAAGUGUACGAGCAGCUGCUCACGCAGGGCAGUGCCGAGCUGGAGCGAAUCGAACAACAAACAGCACAAACGAAAGCAUUAAAUUCCCGUGCAAACUCGGAAGAGCCGCGUACCGAAGGGGCGCUGAAUGGCGAUGCAACGGCAGUUCCGGCCGCGAACACUAUCCCACUGCCGCCACCAAGCAAUCGGGAGCUGCUGAUGUGCACUGCCCAACCCGCUGACUGUCCGGUGCAUACGGAAAAGCACGCACAAACAGUCAGCUGGGGCUAUUAUGCAACGGCGGACGAGCUGGAUGCGUUGAUACGCAGCCUGAAUGUGCGCGGUGCCCGUGAAAAGCAGCUGCGCGAAACGCUCGAAUGUGAGCGUGAUCUGAUUUUGACACACAUCGAAAAAUGUCCCAUCGACAAGCUGUCGGUGAAUGAGUCGGAUCGGGCGGCAGUUUUGUGUGAAAUUGUUAGCCGGAACCAGAAGCGGUACGAUGCGCCCAACUUUAGCAGCGACCCCGGUACGGAUCCGAACGAAAUAUUGGAGGCGGCAUUUUUGGAAAAUUUGCUUGAGCUGGAGGCUAAAAUUACGGUCGGCUAUCUGGGCGUAAUGCGCGUGCGGGAUCGGGAUAAGUGGCGCACGGCACUGGAAGCUUGUACGUACGAUCCGCAAACGGACAAACCACUCCAGUGGGGUCCGAAACGGCUCGCCAAGCAGGAGGAAACGAACGGGAAGGAAAAGCAGGAACAGGACACGGAACAGCAGCAGCCACAGGAUGUGGACGAGGAUCACGAUGAGCAUCCCACCGACAAUGAUUCCGGUCGCGACAGUCUCGAACGGCUGUUGUCGGAUGCGUCCAACCCGGGUCACAACCUGCCCGAUACGACCGUCUCGCUUCUAGAUGACACGCUAGACAGCGAUGAGAUAGCGUUCCCGCUGCACGAAUCGGAAACGUUACGGCAGCGCGUACAUGCGUUGGCACGCGCCUUGUUGCAGGUGGCACAAUGUAUCGAUCAGAAGUUUCUACGCCAUCCGUUUGGGCCGAAAAAGGAGCACAAGGAUCGUACCGUCAUGCUGCAGAAGCAGUACCAGGGGCUGAAGAAUCUGGUCCAGUGGGAGGUGUCGCUGAUGCGGUCGACCUGCUUUUCGCAGCUCUUUCUACACUACAAUGUGCUGUACGAUGCGAUCCAAUGGUCGCGUUCGGCCGAACGUAUCUGCUGCAUGAUAUGCCGGCGUAAAGGUGAUCCGGGAUUGACGCUGCUGUGCGAUGAAUGUAACCGUGCCUGCCACACGUACUGUCUGAAGCCGAAACUGAAGGAAGUGCCGGCCGGCGAUUGGUACUGUAUGCGGUGCAGGCCGGAAAAUUUCAAGGAAAAACGUGCGCCGGCUAAGAAGAAGAAAAUAUUCAAAUGGGUCGAGGACAUGGAGGAGGAGGAGGAAGAUGAAUCGGACGAAGCAAGCAAGCAGGAAGAGAAUGAGGCGGAGGAGGAAGAUGAGGAGGAGGAGGAGGGGGAGGAGGAGGAAGAGAUGGAUCAGGAUGAGGGUGGUGAGGAAGCGGAGGAGGAACAGGCGGAGAUGGAAGAUAUGGUACAACGGAAGAACGUAGACGGGGAGGAUUCACCGUCUGAGGACAGUGACAGUGAGGACGACAAGGAGGACGAUGGUAGUGAUGAGGAAUAUCGAAUGCGAAAAUCGAAACAGCCGGUAACAAAGGCGAAAUCUAGAGCCAAGACUAAACCGGCGAUAGUGGUAACAUCCAGCGGGCGCAGUAGUCGUAGCGCAGCUGCCACGAACGGUGCUGCGUACCGUGAUGAGGAGGUAGAGGAAGACGACGAUUCCUACGAUGAGCGUGAGGAGCGAAGGAAGCGGCGUAAUCUAACACUUCCGAACGGUGCUGUUGCACUGCGCGCGGAUAGCAAACGCAGCGGCGCAGCGUUGCGAACGAGACGCGCCACCAGCGUAUCGAGCACGAAACGAAAACGAACCCAAAACGAAGAAUCGGACGUAUCGCCAUCCGGCAAUACGAGCAAACGGCCGCGUCGUUCCGGACUCACCAACGGUGGACGGAAGAUGAGCGUUUCGCCUGCUGCUGCUGCUGGCAGUGAUGAGGAUGCCGCCGGCAAAAAACCGCGCACCAGUGCUCGAUCGACCAAAGGCCAGCGGCGUUCGUCCGUGUACGUCGGGGAGGAGGAGGAAGAAACGGUGGCGCGCUUGAAGAUGGGUUCGGCUGCACGGCGAUCGCGCCGCACCGGUGAGGAUUUACCGCUUAACUCGGUCGCACUGUACACGCUGAUCGACGACAUUUUAAAGCAUCCGAGCUCGUGGCCUUUCAAUCGACCGGUGUCGGCGAAGGAGGUCCCGGACUAUUACGCUGUCAUCAAGAACCCGAUGGACUUUGCACGCAUCAAGUCGAAGCUGAACAUGGGCGACUACAAGAUCAAUGAACAGAUGCUGAGCGAUGUGCAGCUGGUAUUCCGUAACUGUGAUCUCUACAAUACAGACGAAACGGACGUGUACCGAAUCGGUCGUGAGCUGGAGCAGUAUGUUGUGAAGCGGUGCAAAGAAUUGACACUCCCGUUCCAACCCAGUGACAUGCAAAAAUCUGGUCUCCAUCCGAAAGUCCCAACAUCCAAACCCAUAAACGGAGUUGCCGGGCCACAUGGCAAAUAGCAAAAUGGGGAAUUUAGUGCAGCUCGAUAAAAGUGACUCUACAUCAGACUGGGGCACGAAUAGUAAACAGUACUACUUUUUCAUUACUUCAUCCUAUUAUCACAUUGUGCAGUGUGUGCUUCGCCAAGACACAAUCGGAACGACGGACUACCCAAAACAGUAAGCAAAACGGCAUUUAGCCACAACACACAAACCAGCACCAUGAUGGCUAAUCGGCAAUAUUUUACAGUACAUUUAUAUUACAUAUUUUACUUUUUUCUCUGAAACAAUCGGUUAUUUAGUACCAUCCAAAACCACGGCUAGUUGCAUUAAUUGUAAAUAAGUAAUAUUAUUUACAAUAACUGAAUUACGAAUGAGUUUCAGGCAUAAUAUAAAACACUUAAAAAAUUCACUAUUCCCUCCAAACAGUUAUAAUAAUAAAGCUAAAUCGUGCAAAUCGUGCAUAAAUUCAUAAUGAUAACGGCCACGAACAAAGCUGCACAGCACAAUAUGAAGGGGCAGCAUAGCAAAAACAGCAUAUACGUUUGAAAGCCGCACCAAAUUAAACCCCGCCGUAUUUGUAAAGAAAAUGUAGUCGGAGGUAUUACGAAUCUUUUUUUUCUUGGUUUUGUUUUUUGAUUUUCUUUAUCGGAUCGGAUGAGACGGUAUUUUGAAAAACCACCAUUUUGGCAUCAAACAUCAUUGUAAUAUGCACCCCAUAUGCUGAAUAUAACUUAUUAAGGACAUUCCCCGCAGCACGCCACGUGAAGCAGCCGCUUCACCACCGAACUCCGAACUUGCGAAGGUCACAAACGUGUACAGAGAUAUUGCUUUUAAGAAAAUUAAUGUGUGUUUGUGUGUAUGUAAGGUUUUUUUUUGUUCUGUGUUCGUUUUUAAAGUAUUUUAAGGAUAGCUUAAGAGGAAAGUAAUUUGCUUGUAGAUGCUUAGGUUUUAAAAUAAAAACAGCUAAUUAAGAUAAGAAACAAAACUAUUUGCCAUUCCGAGGGAUACUAUCACAAUACGAUUAUCAUAUAAUCAUAAAUAAGUUCCACGUUCGUAU